GUGGCUGAAAUUGACGAACGAUGGCUCAGAAAGGGUGGUGGGUCUUAUUUAACAUCUUCUUUCCGACAGUUCAAAUAACCGCUGGCGGGGUAGCUGCCAAGUCACGCAAAUGACAAAGCCGAGCAACUUUCGGCUCAGGGACGGUUUUAGGAGCUGCAGAAGGAGCAGCAGCAGCAGCAACGGGAGGAGGACGACGACGGCGAAGGCGGCUCUGUGCUGAAAAAGGCAGCGCCUGGAAUUAUGCCCCGGGCGUCCAAAGCUUGUUGGCGAUCGCGACGACUGGCGGUCUCUGGGACUCGCCGUCGGAGUUGCGAAGGAAGAGACAUCGGAGCGAGGCGAAGAUGUUGGCGCUGCUGCGGGGACUGCAGGAUCCCAGAUGGGGACGCCAGGAGAGGGCAGAAAGGGAGGAACCCCUGAGCCCCCGCGGCUCAGGGGAUGGGGCCGCUUCCUGAGCAGGAGACGGCCGUGGGAAGGCUCCCCGGCGGCAUCGAGAGCCCACGGGGCGCGCUUUCUUCUUAGAGCUCUCCUCCGGCCGCUGAGAGAACUGAGCCUGAGCUAUUCACGUCGGACUUCGCGCCAGGCCACGCCAGGACCUUUCCCUCCCGCGACCGAGGGGAAAAAACAGCCGUUCGCCUUUGGGGUUGCCGCUGUUUGGGGGAAGGGGCUUCCCCUUCCUUUCCCUUAUUUCCUUUGCCGCCUCUCCUCUUGUGGACCCGAUUGCCUUGCCGUCUGGGCAGAAGCUGCAGACUUGGCACUAACCCCCACCCCACAAGAAGUGGGAGGGGGUGGGUGGAGAGAUUCUCUGCCUGGGCUUGGGGGAACUAAGGGUAUUCCUCUCCCUCUCCAAGACUUCUGGAGCUCUUUUCUCCCCAUUGGACGAUGGAGAAGUCCUCGAGCAAGUCCUAAAAUGCCGGUAAUGAGGGGCCUCCUGGCUCCCCAAAACACCUUCCUGGAUACCAUAGCAACCCGCUUUGAUGGCACGCACAGUAAUUUUGUAUUGGGCAACGCCCAAGUGCGUGGUGCCUUCCCUGUGGUUUACUGUUCCGAUGGCUUCUGUGAACUGACCGGCUUCUCCCGGGCUGAGGUCAUGCAGCGUUGCUGUGCCUGCAGCUUCCUUUACGGACCUGACACCAGCGAACUCGUACGCACUCAGAUCCGCAAGGCCCUCGAUGAGCGCAAGGAAUUUAAAGCAGAGCUUAUUCUCUACAGGAAAAGUGGUGUCCCCUUCUGGUGUCUCCUGGACGUGGUGCCUAUCAAGAAUGAAAAGGGAGAAGUGGCUCUUUUUCUGGUCUCCCACAAAGACAUCACAGAGACCAAGAGCAGAGCAUCUGCAGAAAACUGGAAAGAAGGAGGUGGACGACGGCAUUACAGCCGAGCUGGGGCCAAAGGUUUUAAUGCCAACCGUCGCCGAAGCCGGGCUGUGCUCUAUCACUUGUCAGGGCACCUCCAGAAGCAGGGCAAAGGGAAGCGCAAGCUCCACAAGGGUGUCUUUGGGGAGAAGCCUGCCCUACCUGAAUACAAGGUGGCUGCAGCACGGAAGUCACCAUUCAUCCUGUUGCAUUAUGGGACCUUCAAAGCUGGAUGGGAUGGGCUGAUUCUCUUGGCCACACUGUACGUCGCUGUUAUGGUACCCUACAGCGUUUGCUUCAGCGGUACCAAAGACGAAGGGCUUCUGGAGGCUCCUCGUGCACCCCCCAGCGUCUGUGAUCUUUCUGUUGAGAUCCUUUUUAUCCUAGACAUUGUGCUAAAUUUCCGCACCACGUUUGUGAGCAAGUCAGGGCAGGUGGUGUUUGAUCCGCAUGCCAUAUUCCUGCACUACUUGACCCGCUGGUUUGUGCUGGACCUCUUAGCAGCACUGCCCUUUGACCUCCUCUAUGCCUUCAAGGUCAACGUGUACUUUGGGGCGCACCUGCUCAAGACAGUGAGGCUCCUGCGCUUACUGCGGCUGCUUCCCAACCUGGACCGGUACUCGCAAUACAGCGCGGUGGUGCUCACCCUGCUCAUGACUGUCUUUGCUCUCUUGGCGCACUGGGUCGCUUGCGUCUGGUACUUUAUUGGGCAGCGUGAGGUCGAGAGCAGCCCCUCUCAACUGCCGGGGAUCGGGUGGCUGCAGGAGCUGGCCCGGCGCCUAGAGACUCCCUACUAUCUGGUGCAGAGGAACAACAGUGCUGAAGACGAUUCUGCCAACCGGACAAGCCCAGCCCUGAACAGCAGCACAUGGGAGCUGUUGGGGGGUCCCUCGCUGCGGAGUGCCUAUAUCACGUCCCUCUACUUUGCCCUCAGCAGCUUGACCAGUGUGGGCUUUGGCAAUGUGUCGGCAAACACCGACUCGGAGAAGAUUUUCUCCAUAUGCACCAUGCUGGUGGGGGCUUUGAUGCAUGCUGUAGUCUUUGGGAAUGUGACUGCCAUCAUCCAGCGCAUGUAUGCCCGCCGCUUCCUCUACCACAGCCGCACACGUGACCUGCACGAUUACAUCCGCAUUCACCGCAUCCCUCCACCGCUGAAGCAGCGGAUGCUUGAGUACUUCCAGGCCACCUGGAGUGCCAGCAAUGGCAUUGACACGCGUGAGUUGCUGCAGAGCCUCCCAGAUGAACUGCGCGCUGACAUUGCCCUGCACUUGCACAAGGAGCUGCUGCAGCUGCCGCUCUUUGAGGGGGCGAGCCGGGGCUGCCGGCGCUUGCUCUCGCUCAGCGUCCGCACGUCCUUCUGCACACCUGGGGAAUACCUGAUCCGGCAGGGGGAUGCUCUCCAGGCGCUCUAUCUUGUCUGCUCGGGCUCCAUGGAGGUGCUCAAAGAUGGCACUGUGCUCGCCAUCCUAGGUAAGGGGGAUCUGAUUGGUUGCCACAUCUCAUCCAAGGAGGAGGUGGUUCAAGCCAAUGCAGAUGUACGGGGCCUCACCUACUGUGACCUGCAGUGCCUGAGCCUUCCUGGCCUUUUGGCCAGCCUGGAGCUGUACCCGGAAUUUGCCAGCAAAUUUCGCCAUGAGCUCCCCUGUGAGCUCAGCUACAACCUGGGUGGGGGUGGCAUCUUCCAGGCAGAGUCCCCGACGCUGACGCUGAGCAGCAGGGAACCCACCGCCUUGCUGUCCACAGUGGGCAAGGACCCCGAUGCCUCAUUCCCUCCACGCCGCAGAACUUACUGCUUGCCUGCAGAGAAGCCCUCCAGUCCCUUGCUCCCCUCUUCCUCUGGGGUUCAUAGCAAUCACCCGCCACGCUUGAGCUUUCCAUGCCAUCCACCCUCUGAAACAUCUUCACGUCCCACAGCGUUGCGGCUACACAGCGCUCCCUGCAGUGUCCCCCCGGACCUCAGCCCCAGGGUUGUUGAUGGCAUCGAGGAUGGGUCCAGUCCUGACAAACCCAUUUUUAGUUUCCGCCUCGGCCCUUCUGGCCCAGACUACGGUAGCCCUUCACCUGGCACCGACAGCGGCCUGCUCACAAUCCCCCCUGAGCUAUCUGGUGCCGACACCAUUGAGAAACUGCGUCAGGCGGUGGCUGAACUCUCCGGGCAGGUUCAGCAAAUGCGUGAAGGGCUGCACUCUCUUCGACAGGCUGUACAGCUCUUUCUUCUCUCCCAGGCACCAGCUCAGCCCCGUAUCGACCCGUCUGCCUACGGGCCCUUUCCCCAUGCAGAUACACCUACUACUCCUCUGCUAAGCCCACUCCGAGUAGACACAGGACUCCCACCAGCCUUCUGCCCCCACCGCCCACCCCCAGCACCCUGUCCUAACGGGGCCUGUGGCAGGGUCCAGUGGAUGUGGGCACCCUCAGCCGGACAGAGCUCUCCCUGGCCUGGAACAUACUGGACACUGGAGUCAGGGAAGGACUCUGAGACGGUGACUGUUUCACCAGUGGGUCAUGGCUCUAAGGACCAGGGGAGCAACACACAGCUGCCAAGCCCGAUCCAAAGAGACAGCUGUCUUUCUCAAGCUUGUUCUCCCACAGAUCCAGCAUGCCAUACGGGCCUCACAGAAACCAAACCUUCCAGGACUCAAGCCUGCGAUUCCUCAAGCCUUGAGAUGGUGCUGAUUGGCGCUGGGGAUGAUGGCUCUACAUGCAGUGCCCCCUGCAGGCCAGAGGAGGAAGGGACAGGCCUAUGAGCCUCUUCCAUUAUGAUUAGCCACUGGGAUUUGCAUGGUUUGGAAACAUCAGCGAAAGCCCUGCAACAUUGGGUGCUAUCUCACUUGGGGGAAACAGAGUACAACAGGGGAGAAAGGCGCUAGAAAGCCCCGAUGCAGUGUUUUAAGAGAGAGUGCAGCAGUUGCCACAGCAGGGACUUGAGGAAAGGACUAGCAGACAAGCGUAGACAUUCUCUGCAGAAGGAUGAGCAAAAGCAGGCACAAAAGCUAGACCCGUCCCACCUGGAUUGGGGAAUACAUCCAUUUCAAACUCAGAUGCUUGAAAUAUGCAAAUGUAUACACACACCUGAUUUUAGCUUCUUCCUUCAUUGUUAGCCAUGGGUGGGGGAGGGGCAGGAUAAGAGUGAAUCCCACUGUCCAUGCUGUUCCUCUGGUGGAAGGGCAGGUCAAAGAAAAAAAUCUUGACCCUCUACAGCACUGGGACUGGGCAAAGCUGGGCACACUUUUUAUAAAAUAA